AUGGCUCCCAAGAAAGAGCAGAAGAAGACGGCGAAGAGAGACGAGAACAAUGAGAACCAGGGCUCCAUCUUCUCGGUCUCUGGACCCGUCAUCGUCGCUCAGAACAUGAUCGGAUGCGCCAUGUACGAGUUGUGCAAGGUCGGAUACGAUAACCUCGUCGGCGAGGUCAUCCGCAUCGACGCCGACAAGGCCACCAUCCAAGUCUACGAGGAGACCGCUGGUGUGACAGUCGGUGAUCCCGUCACUCGCACUGGCAAGCCAUUGUCCGUGGAGUUGGGCCCUGGUCUGAUGGAGACCAUUUACGACGGAAUUCAGCGACCGCUUGCUGCCAUUAGCGACGUCUCCCAAAGCAUCUACAUCCCUCGCGGUAUCGAUGUGCCAUCUCUGAACCGUGAGAAGAAGUGGAAGUUCACUCCCAGCGACAAGUUCAAGAAGGGUGACCACAUCACUGGUGGUGACGUUUUCGGUGUGGUGGAGGAGAACAGCUUGCUGAGCGACCACAAGAUCCUGCUGCCACCCCGCGCAAGAGGAACCAUCACUUGGAUUGCGGACAAGGGAGAGUACACUGUUGACACGAAGAUGCUCGAGGUGGAGUUUGAGGGCAAGAAGUCGGAAUACACCAUGAUGCACGAGUGGCCUGUCCGUGUUCCACGUCCUUCGACCGACAAGCUCAGUUCUGGCGAUCCUUUCAUCGUUGGACAGCGUGUCUUGGACGCUCUUUUCCCUUCUGUGCUUGGUGGAACUGUGUGCAUUCCUGGCGCUUUCGGAUGUGGCAAGACUGUCAUUAGUCAAGCUGUGUCCAAGUUCUCCAACAGUGAUCUGAUCGUCUACGUUGGCUGUGGAGAGCGCGGAAAUGAGAUGGCUGAAGUCUUGAUGGACUUCCCAGAACUCACAAUCGACUUCGAUGGCCGCAAAGAACCCAUCAUGAAGCGUACUUGCCUCAUCGCCAACACUUCCAACAUGCCCGUGGCUGCCCGUGAGGCCUCCAUCUACACUGGAAUUACCAUUUCCGAGUACUUCCGUGACCAAGGCAAGAACGUCGCCAUGAUGGCAGACUCUUCCUCUCGCUGGGCCGAAGCACUUCGUGAGAUCUCAGGUCGUCUCGGAGAGAUGCCUGCUGAUCAAGGUUUCCCCGCCUACCUCGGAGCCAAGCUGGCGUCAUUCUACGAGCGUGCCGGCAAGGUCGUCGCUCUCGGCUCUCCUGACCGGCAAGGCAGUAUCUCCAUCGUCGGCGCCGUCUCUCCACCUGGAGGAGAUUUCUCAGAUCCCGUCACCAGCUCCACGCUCGGAAUCGUGCAAGUCUUCUGGGGAUUGGACAAGAAGCUCGCUCAGCGCAAGCAUUUCCCUUCCAUCAACACCUCGCAGUCCUACUCCAAGUAUACCAACAUCCUGCAGCCAUACUACGAGAAGACCAACCCGGAAUUUCCUCGCUACCGCGACCGUAUCCGCGAACUGCUCUCCACAUCCGAGGACCUCGAUCAAGUCGUGCAGCUGGUCGGAAAGUCCGCUCUCGGCGAUGGCGACAAGAUCACCCUCGACGUGGCCGGCCUCAUCAAGGACGACUUCCUCCAGCAAAACGGCUACAGUGACUACGAUCAGUUCUGUCCGCUGUGGAAGACUGCAUACAUGAUGAAGGCCAUGAUGACGUUCCACGACGAGGCGCAGAAGGCGAUCUCGCAGGGUCACACGUGGAACAAGGUGCGGGAGUCGACUUCGGAGAUCCAGAAUGACCUGAGGAGUAUGAAGUUUGAGCUUCCUACUGAUGGCGAGGAAGCUGUGACUAAGAAGUACGAGGACCUGUUGCAGAGGAUGAACGAGAAGUUUGCGAGCGUGAUGGACGAGUAG